ACCUGGUUCAAAAUUCAUUUGACCGGCCGCAUGCCUCAGUGCUUAGAGCGCGAAUUUACUGAUCAUAAGUUCUGUGGUUCGAACCCGACGUCUACCUCUCGACUCCCCUUCUCUAGACUUUGGCAACCUGGCGAUAUUCCAGCUCCCGUGCUCCCUUCGGGUGGCAUGACAGCUAGGCACCGAAAGGGUGUUUCAGCCGGAUUUAAACCGUCAUUCAACAUUUUGACACGUCACAAACCUUCUUAUGAACUACCUCACUCCACGCGAUCUGAUGGGGAAGACGAAUCGCACACAGUUGUUGCCGCGCUGCUCUUACUCUGGAUACCAGCUAUCCAUUCACAGAAAGAAAAGAAAAUACGGUUGGUAAGUGCCUUCGGGCACAGAACGAAAUUAGGCCAAAACAUGCGGAAAAAGAAAAAGAAAGCGUUCAGCUGUAGCGCCUUCCGGUGCCUAUCUGAUAUGCCACCCGAAGGAAGCACGAGGGCUGGGAUACUGCCAGAUUGCCCAAGCCUAGACAGGGGAAGUCGAAAGGCAGAGGUCGGAUUCGAAUCACGGACAUUCCGGUCAGUAAAUUCGCGUUCUAACCACUUGGGCCAUCUCGCCCCCAAAACAUGCGGAUGUGAUGGGACUAGAAACAACGCCUAG